CGCAGAUGCGUCAGAUCGCGAAACACCACGCACGUCGCCCUCGUCGUCGUCGUCCUCGUCGCCGUCGAAAUAUCCUUCCGCGCCUAGAAAAACUGGUACUAACCGCGAGGUACGCACACGUUGGCAAUGGCGCGGUUCCGCCAUAUCGAUUAUUUGCUAAUUUAUUCAUGCCUGCGAACAGACGACGGCGAUGACGACGACGACGCCGCACUGGCCACCAUCGCCGGUCGAUUCGGACCUCGUUCGUCGGCCACAACACGCGAGCUGCCACGUUCUAUUACGGCCGCGCCAUUAUAGUCGGCCGAGGACCGUCCCGACGGACGAGUCGGGCCACUCGUAUGAUCAUCACCGAGAGUCGCCGUCGAUUCAGUCUGCAUCUUCGUAACGUCCCCGAUGUCGGACAUCGACGAGGACUCGGUCGAGAAGCGGUUGAAAAUCGUGCUCGUGGGUGACUCCGGCGCCGGCAAAACCAGCAUCGUCCAGAAGUUUUGCAACAACGACUUCACCAGGCAGUACAUACCUACCGCGGGCAUCGACUUCUUUCUCAAGAACAUCAGUAUCGGCAGCUACAAAAAUGUCAAUCUGCAUCUGUGGGACGUCAGCGGACUCGCGCUGCAUGGGAAUAUGCUGGACAAAUAUAUUUUCGGAGCACACAUCAUUCUUUUGGUAUACGACGUCACGAACAGCUCCAGUUUUGACAUUCUGGAAGAGUGGCUCGGUCGGAUCAAGAGUUUCACGGAUUCUUACGACGAAGUGCCUCUAAUAGCGGUUGUAGGCAAUAAAUGUGACAUGGAACAUCAAAGGACAGUUAAGAGAGAUAAAUCGCAUCGAUUCGCUGCGGAAAAUGGAUUUCCUUAUCACGAUAUGUCCGCGAGAACUGGAGAAUCGGUAUCUUUAUGCAUAGCAAGUUUGGCGGCGCAAAUCUUGGGUGUCCGAUUAACAAGGACGGAUCAAGACUUUCAUAAACCCAUUAUUAUUGCCGAAAUUGGAGACACGGUAGAUGUGAAUUCAAUACACAAAGUCGUAAAAAGAAUUCCCAACAAAAAGCAACACCCGAUUAUAUUCCAUCCCCAUUUCCCUGCCUCGAAAUCCGCGGUGUGUGCACUCCAAUGAUACUCAUCGGACACUAUUAGGACCUUUACCUUUUAUACAUAAAUUUAAACAAUAUGCAUAUUGUAAUUUUGUUCGAUAUAAGAAAAAUUGUACUGCAGUUAUGAUAGUAAUAAAUAUAAUACAUCAUAUUUCAUACUUGUGCAGUAACAUUUUAUACAUGUUAUAAACUUCAUUCGAGUGCACAUUUUCAUAAUAGCACGCAAAUUACAUAAUGCCAAGAAUGUAUCUUUUUUUACAAUUGUCUCGCGCGUGAAUGUCCUGAAUAUAUUUAUACAAUCAUAUCAUUCAAAUUAAACACACUGUAUAAAUGAAAAUAAAAAUUAUAUUUAUGUAGCAUGGGGCCAAUGGAUAAAUAU